CUUCCGAUAAUGGUUGUAGUAGUUCUCCAAGUUUUAGCUUCGUACAGUAGAACUGUCUUGACAUUCGUGUUGAAGAUUCUCACUUUGAUAUUGGUUGACAGUUGUUUUGAGUUCCAUAUGUUCUUCAAUUGUAGUAAUGCAUCUCUUGCUUUGCUAACCCUCGCCUUUACGUCUGCAUCCGAUCCUCCUUUCUCAUCGAUGAUGAUACCCAGGUACAUGAAAGUUUCCAUCUCUUCCAUAGUUGCUCCAUCAAGUGUGACUGAGUUAGUGUUCUCUGGAUUGUGUUUGAGGACCUUGUUUCUUUCCAUGUGUACGUUACUGCUGCUCUUGAACCUCAGUGGUUGGUUUGCCUUCUUUGUUCUUGAUUGGGUGCUCUGAUUUACUAUAUCUUGAAGUUAUUGCUUCUUUGAUCACUUUCCACUUGUUCUCCAUGUUAGUUUCCUUUUGUGUGGUGCAUAUAUAUUGGCGCUCUCUUGUACCAAUAUUCCUUUUAUUUGGAUGGAUCUUGUAAGGCUUGGAACCUGUUGUUGAGAGCUAACUUGAAUUCAUUGAGUUUGUCGGCAGCUCGAAAGAAGACUAUUAAACCUUUGUAAUGCUCUUUCUUUAGCUUCAGUUUCAUCUUGGCAACCACCAGUUGGCGGUCUGAAGCUAUGCCAGCUCUUCUCCUGGUUCUCAUGUCUUCCAUUGGCCUUGUGAAUUUUUUUAUGAUGCAAAUAUGAUCGAUCUGAUUCUCUGCAGUGUGAUCCGGUGAGACCCAUUUAGCUUUGUAUAUGCGUUUGUGGUGGAAUAUUAUGCCACCUCUAACUUUUUUUGAAUGCACAUUUGUUUGCAAAUCUCUCAUCAUUCUCGUUCAUUUCUCAGUCAAUCCAUGUCGUCCCGUGAUAUCUUCACGUCCAGUAUUGUCCAUUUCAACUGUGGCGUUCAGUUCUCCUAUCAGGAUGGUCAGCUUUUUUCCUGAAGACAUCGCUAUGAUUGAUUGCAACCUCUCAUAGACAGAUCUUUAUCGUCGUCAUUGUUAUCAUUGUUGCGUGCAUAACACUGGAUAAAAUUCCUCGUGAUUUCCUCCUUUGUUUUGAAGGAUGCUUUGACGAUUCUGGAUCCGUGAGAUUCCCAUCCUAUAAGUGCUUUACGUGCUUCUUUGGACAGCGUCAGAACAACCCCGUCAGUGUGUGGAGCAUUUUCUUCGUGAUCAGAGUACAAUAGCACCUCUCCCGAAUAUAACCUUUUCUGUCCAACUUGGGUCCAAUGGGUUUCACUUAUUCUGCGAACCGCCAAGUUGUAUCUCCUCAUAUCGAUAGCUAUUUGAUUAUUCCUCCAGGUCUCCCACAUUGUCCGGACAUUCCGUAUACCGAUAUUAACUAUUACUGUGGUUGCGUGAUAGGGUAUCGAACUUAUGACUUCCAAAGAAUCUCGGUUUUUAUCAUGAGGCCUCCUAAUUCUUCUGAAUGAAGAUCCUUCGACUCCCAGGACAGAGUCUGAAGGGUUUAAACGAUUUUUUGGAUAGCGUUUUUAGCAAAGUUUUUUCCUACGGGAUGGGGUUGCUGACCCCAUGCCCAAUCCUUCUUUACCCGGGCUUGGGACCGGCAGUAACUCUAGAAAGGUUCUGGGCAGACUUUUUUGUUUCUUGAUAAUCUCGAAAUAUCCUAUGUGAAGGUACACAUUUUGUCCUGAUGUUAGGAUUUACUAAUAUCAUGUGACCUUGUGUGGUUUCUAUCUUGUUGGUGCAGGUUAUAUUGCAUGAAUUCGGUUCUGAAAUGUGGGUUCUAGCAAUAUCUUUCACACAAUAAGUGUUUCACAGCUUUUAAAACAAAAUAGUAUGGAAUCACAGAUCAAGAUGAUUGUGUUAGUAUUUCUAGUGCCGAAUUAUUACUGUCGGUUAAUAUGUUGACUAAGUAAUUGAGUUGCUCGACUUUUAACUACUGGAUUACAAGUUCAUAGCUUACUACACUUUGACUGGACUAUCCAGGAAGUAUCACUAGUCAUCACUAAAAAGAAGUAUGCUUCAAGCCUUGGGUAUUGCUUUGUAUUAUGUGGUUCUUUUGCCAAAUUAUUUUGCCUUCUGUCAUACCUUGCAACUGAUAAGGAAUGUCAUUUUACGUCUAGUCGUACUGAGAUAUCAUAAGCUUUUGAUGUCCUCAUAAAGACUCACAUUGGAUUCGUGACUAUAAACACCGAUCAGAAACCGGACUACUAAAUUACGACUUAUUUUCUCGGAGAUUAUCAAUAAUCAGAAGAGGUUUGUUAUUAUUUGCUGAUUUACUAGAUCAGAUUUAUCGGUCCAUAACUUGAAUCAUGUUGUAUAUUAACUGACUUUUUCUAAUCUUGUCAUGGUUUCAGCAAUUUAUUACCGACGUAAAUCAGGAGGAAAUUUGUUCACUAGCUAUUCAUACUUCUGCAAUAUGGAUGUCUAAUUUUGUGACAAAUAACUGUCAUUCAUCAGUUGUCAGUUAUUUAGAUAUUGUGCAUAUGAUCUAUAAUUCAAUGCAAUAUUCUGAAAACCUUUAUUUAACCGGAAUAAAUGCUUUAAUAAAUAUAUAUGAAUCCGAUGGUGUUGGAUUAAAUUCAGAUAGAGAUGCAGGGUUUUUACUUGAUUUUCAUGUCUCCGAAUUGACAAAGUUCAAAUAUACUUUACAACAUCUUGUCGAAUUACAUUCAAUAAAUCUUCAAAAUGGUGUUCAAUGGGAUGAAUUUAAAGGAUAUGAAGCAUUGAACAAAACUGUACUACUUUUAUCAAUAUUGUCAGAGAAACAGAUGGAUUAUCUCAUUCAUCGACUUACUAAUUCAUGCAUUAAUACCACUAACCAGUCUAUUCAUGAAUUAUUUGAUAUGUUUCUGUUAACAUUCUCACUAAGUGGUCAUUAUCCUUACGAUGAAAAUAUCAGUGAUGUCGCUUUACAAAUAUGGUUGAAUAUUCAUGAAGCAUCAAUUAGCACAACCGCAUAUACUGUUGGUAAUGUUCACGAUGAAGAUGCUAGAUUAUCUGAAGAUACAAUUAAACGUAUCCAUAUGGAGUUCAGUCAACGUGCAUUUAUUAAAUCCCAUUAUCCAAAAGAUUUAAAUCAAUAUCAUACCACAUGGAACCAAGAAGAUAGAGAUCGUUGGUUGAAAUUUCGUCAAGAAAUAAGUAACUGCUUUCUCUCAGUGUUCAGAUACUUGAAUUUGCAUGACUGGUUUCUUCAAGCAACUAAUCAGCUUCAGUCUACUAUAUACAAUUGUACAAAUGAAGAAUUAUUAGCCAAUUGGCAGUGUACUCGGCGUGCCUCAGAAGAUAGUCAAUAUCAUACGGAAUUCCUAUGAUGGAUUAAAUUGCAAAAUCGUGCAUGGAGGACAGUUGACAAACUCGUUCGAGGUAAAGACCGGUGUCAGGCAAGAUUGCUUACUCUCACCCGUUCUCUUUCUCCUGGUGAUCGACUGGAUCAUGAAGACGUCAACAUCUGAAGGGAAGCACGGGAUACAAUGGACAUCUAGGAUGCAGUUGGACGAUCUGGACUUCGCAGAUGAUCUGGCCUUUCUAUCCCAAACGCAACAACAGAUGCAGGAAAAGACGACCAGUGUGGCAGCAGCCUCAGCAGCAGUAGGUCUCAAUAUACACAAAGGGAAAAGCAGGAUUCUCCGAUACAACACAAUGCACUAAUCCAAUCACAAUUGACGAAGAUUUGGAAGAUGUAAAAACCUUUACGUAUUUGGGCAGCAUCAUUGAUGAACAGGGUGGAUCUGAUGCAGAUGUGAAGGCGCGGAUCGGCAAAGCAAGAACAGCAUAUUUACAACUGAGGAACAUCUGGAAUUCAAAGCAACUGUCAACCAACACCAAGGUCAGGAUUUUCAAUACAAAUGUCAA